GAAAAGAUUGAUUAGAAUAUAAAGAACAUAAUAUGCCUCAAGACAGUCUGAGAUCAGUUGUGUACAGAUCAUUUGUUACAUGUUAUGAUCCAAAGGGAGUCGUAGAGUGCAGAACAAUUAGAACGUCCAAAAGUGGUUCUGGGAAGAUGGAGCAAAAGAAUGAAGGCCGAAAAGCACAGAACCGAUCAAACCAAUAUCUGUUGCGUAAGGGGCAGAGAGAAGAGACGGUGUCUAAAGAAGAACUUCAUAGCUCAUCUUCCUGUCAGCUCAUGGAGGUUUCAAGAGGAGCUCACAAGCUGAAUCAGGUAAUUGACUCGUGGUCCAAAGGGCUUUGGUGUGAUGGCCAUUCGAAAGAUAUAGCAAAAGAUUUGUUGAAAGGAGCUCUUGAAUUGCAAGACUCUUUACACAUGCUUGGGAAAUUGCAAGAGGCAUCUCAUUGUAUGGCUAGGUUCAAGAAGAAAGAAAAGGAAAAAUGUGAUAAGGUGAGAAAUGAUCAAGUGAUUCAGAGAACGAAUUCAAGUCCAGUUGGAGAGCAAAAUUACCUAAUGGGAAUCCAGAAUCAUCGCCUUUCUGCCGAUGGUUCUUCAAGAGAUUGCAUUGAGGAGCUUAGGAAAGUGAUAAGAGACAGCCUAGCUAGGCAAAAUCUAUCGCCAAACGUAAAUGCUGAAGAAAAGAGAUGCUUUAGUGGAAGAUAUCCGGACUCAGCUUCAGAUAUCCCAUCCACAAGCUCGAGCCAAUCUGCAACUGUCCUAACAAACAACUUUACUUCCAUGGAUUUAUCUAUCUCAUCAGCAGCUCCAGAGAAGAAUGCAAGAGGCCCAAGUUUGAUCGCGAAGCUUAUGGGCCUAGAAGAAAUGCCUUCAAAACCAUUGCAGACAAAUUCCCAGAAAGAACUGGAGAAUAAGAAGAUUUUCAGUCAACAGAGGCCUAUCUUUGAAAUUGAUACGCCAAAAGCAAGGAAGUCGCAGAAGGAAGAUCCAGAGAGGAGACUGAAGGACAUCCUUGAGACCAUGCAUUUUAAAGGAUUUCUGAAAAGCAACUCCAUCAAAGAGAUUAAGCCUGAUUCCCAUCAAUCGAGUGACUUCUUUUCUGAACAGGGGUUGAUUGAUGAUUGCCCACCUAUUGUUCUCAUAAAACCUCGAUAUGAUCCGCACUUGCAACCACAAAAGAAGUUUGUGCCAGAGUUUAAGGAGGAGGGAAGCUUAAACACAGAAACUAUGCUCAAAAAAGUGAAAGCAAAAGAGCCUUCUUCCAAAAUAAGCGACUCCAACAAUAGAGGUUUGAACUUCAAUGAAUUGAGAAGAAGAAUGGAGGCAGAAGAAACUCCAGUCAAGAGACUUAGCCAGCAGGAAGGUGCUAAAGACAGCAAAGAGAAAGAGGCCAGCCCAGUGAAAAAAGAAGUAAAAAUUAAAGAGAGGCUCUCUAUUAAGAUGAAAAGCUCGGGUCCUGUAACUCAGCCAUCGCUGAAGAAAGAGGCAACUGACAAGAAACCAAAACCUGCCAUAAGCAGCAGGAAACGAGUUGAGAAGGAGGUUGCAAAAGCAAAUAAUUUAUCAAGGUCUAAAGAUCAAGCCAAGGUUACCCCUCCAAAGCCCAGUAAGCCUGAUAAUGGAUCAAAUGUUACAAAAAAUAGAGUGCCUCAUCAGCGAAGCGCUACUGCAAAGUCCAACUCUAAUUGCACACCAAAAACUAUAGUUCGUGGUCCCAACGAUCGGAAAAAGAGUCCAACCAAGAAGGAAAAGGCAGUGAGCAAGGCUACAGCUGCUAAACUAAUUACUGAGAAAUUAGAAUGCAAAGGAGAUGAUAUUGUUUUGGAAGGAAAGAGGAUUGAUCUUACAUCUGAAAAUGAUACUGUUUUGGAAGGAAAGAGGAUUGAUCUUAUAUCAAAAAAUGAUACUGUUUUGGAAGGAAUGAGGAUCGACCUUGCAUCAGAAAAUGAUACUGUUUUGGACGGAUAUAGCACUGAAACUGCAGAUCAACUUCCUAUAAAAGAGGGAUCAAAACACACUGAUAUUCACAUUAGAGAACACCAAGUUAACAGCGAGAGCUCUGUCUGUGAUGUUACGCUGGUGACUACUGAUGAUCAAAGCAACAGUAAAUCUAUGGGAGACAUUGAUGAUGACCCCAUCAUUCCAAUUGGAACCAACACUGAAAGCUUCAUGAGAGGGACCAGUCUAAAAGCUUUGCUACUGAGCAGUCCAUCUUUUCUCAGUCAUGCAGAGGAGCUUUUUUAUCUUCAUGUGAAUGUUCCUACAACUUCACAAAAACUUGGCAUCGGUGAUUUCAUAGAUGCCAACACACAACUCUCCUUGGAUUGCGCAAAUGAAAUUGUUCGACGAAGAAGCUUUCCUGAUUCUCUAAUGGUCCACCCUCCCUUAUUAACCCUGGUUGGAAAUGCCAAAAGUCAUAUCUAUCUGGAACAUUUAUUGAAGGAAACUUGUGACAGUGUUGAGGCUCUAAGAAGCUAUAGUGAACCUGCUGGUGAAAACUAUCCUACCGAUAGUCUUUACGCAAUGCUGGAAAGAGAUAUAAAGUGCAGUGAAAUUUUAAGUGGAAUAUGGGACUUGGGUUGGAAGAAAGGAUUUUCUGUGGAUGACAAAAUGCAAGUAGUGGAUGAUAUAGGGAAGCAACUAUUGGGCGGGUUAAUUGAGGAGAUUUAUGCCUAAGCUCUGCUUUACCAAUUUUGUUAAAGGGUUCAACAGAUCACUGGUUCAAGUGAUCAGCGUUGCAUUGUAAAUAAGCUUACUUUGGUUGAUAAAAGGAGGCAGAUUUGGAAGUGUUGGCCAUAUCUUGGAUUCAAAAUUAUAUUUCAACUGUGAAAUUUUCCUUGCUAUGAGUGAAAAAAAUGUAAAUUUAGAUUUCAGCCACUUGAAGAGUUAAAGCCUGGCACCUAGAUGUAUUGAU